UCAUUAAUUAAAGCAUCAUGAAAGGCAGAGUUGAAAGUACAGAUAUCGUUAUUGUUGGUGCUGGAAUAGCAGGGCUCUCUACAUCCUUAGGACUACACAGGCUGGGACUAGGAAGUCUGGUUUUGGAAACGUCGGAUUGUUUGAGGGUGACAGGAUUUGCAUUUUUAACAUGGGCUAAUGGUUGGAAGGCCCUUGACGCCCUUGGAAUUGCCGAUGCACUAAGACAACAACACGAACUACUUGAAGGAUUAGUGGCAAUCUCUACAAUAACUGGUCGUCCUACGUCAGAAAUCUUGUUCACAAACGGAACUGGAGGAGGAAGACAUGAAGUUCGUUCUGUAGGAAGAAAACUGUUGCUUGAAACCUUGGCAAAUGAACUUCCUCAUGGCACCAUUAGGUUUAACUCAAAGGUCGUAUUAAUUGAAGAAGAUGGACACUCUAAGUUAAUUCAUUUAGCAGAUGGAUCCGUCAUCAAGACUAAGGUGUUGAUCGGAUGUGAUGGGGUGAAUUCAGUAGUUGCGAAAUGGCUAGGCCUUCAAGAGGCAACCUUCAUUGGAAGAGCAACAAUUCGAGGACUUGCCUCGUUCGAAGAGGGUGAGGAUCACCACUUCGGGUCAAGCUUCUUGCAAUUGUUCGGGAAAGGUUGUCGCUCAGGGUUUGUUCCUUGUAACAAAAAGACCGUUCAUUGGUUUUUCCAGUAUAACUCUGCCACACUACCAGAGGAAGAGGAACCAUCGAAAUUGAAGCAGUACGUGUUAGACAAUCUUGGAGAGAAAGCACCUAAAGAAGUGAUAGAUGUCGUGAAGAAGACCAACUUAGGAAGCAUCAUUAGCUCUCCCUUGAGAACAAGAAUGCCCUGGAAAGUCUACUUCGGAAACAUCUAUAGAAACAACGUGUGUGUAGCUGGGGAUGCUCUUCAUCCGAUGACACCCGAUAUCGGUCAAGGAGCGUGUGCUGCUUUAGAGGACGGUAUCAUUCUCGCUAGGUGCCUUGGGCAAGCGCUUUUAUCAUUGUCCAGAAAUCCAACAUCAAAAUCAGUAUUCAAAGAUGAAGUCAUCAGCGACCGAGAAGAAGAAGAAUUAUAUUAUCGGGUUGAGGAGGGGUUGGGUAAAUUUGCGAGAGAAAGAAGAUGGAGAAGCUUGGAUCUCAUUACUACUGCUUAUUAUAUGGGUUCCAUACAGCAAGGAAGUGGAAGAUUGAUCAAUUAUGUUAGGGACAAUUUUCUGUCAUCUUACCUGACUAGAGUUCUGCUUAGGAGGACAGAAUUUGACUGCGGGGAACUCUAG